AUGAGUAAUGAAACACGAUCUGCUAAUCAGGAUCGAUUAGCUACACAAAGAUCUACAGAUAUGAUAGAUAGAACAAUGAGCAAUGCAACAUCAAACCAUUUUAUGACAAAUACAUUAGCCAGGCAUCUUUUCUUUGAUAGAAUCUUUCCGUUAUUACCAAUUAAAUCAAAUACUUCAUCAUAUCAAGAGGUUGAAUUAAACGAAUUUUUUUUAUCAUGUAGAGCCGUUAUAUUAAAUGUUGCAAUAGCCAGAGAUAUUAAUUCAGUAAUACAUAACAAUUUGGAUUUAAUUGAAUUGAUUGCACAAAAUGAAAAAUUGACAGAAAAUAAUAACAUCAAUGAAGAUUCAUUAAAUUCAUUAUUAAUUUUAGUAAGAUUAUUAUCUGAUACAUUAGAAUAUUAUUGGGAAUCUUGCGGAAAUUCAAUCCCACCUAUACUUAACGAUCGUUCAGAAAAUGCAUUUGAAAAACAAAGAGCUUAUUUUAAAAGUUUUGUAGUUGGGUUUUCAACACAUAGAGCAAGUCUUCAUUUGAAACGACCAACAAAAUUAAGACCAGAGAUCGCAGAUAGAUUAAUUAAAAUUUGUAUUAAAUUGAAAUGUAAUACAGGAACUUUAAAAUUACUGAAAAAUAUGUCAUCGAAUUUACAUGCCAGUAGAACAAUUACAGUGGCUCAUAUUUUACCGGAAUAUCAAAAACUUAUAUCAGAAUUAGAAUCUCCAAUACUACUAGAAAAGACAGAUUUAACUAUUGAUUACAUAUUAAGAUUUACCGCAGCAUCCAAUAGGGAUCAAUUUGAUUCAAUAUUAAAGACUAAAAUAUUGGAACCAUUGGCAAUUAGACAUUCUGUAACAGAAUUAACAAUUGUCGAAUAUUUAGAAUUGUUUGGGUGCCUGUUUUUAACAAAUAGAAAUUUACCACACUAUUUGAAAUUGAUUAGAAAGAUUACAUUCGUAAUGAAAAGAACGGUAUUUUAUUCUUUAUUAUUAUAUUAUUUCUCAAAAUCUUUCAUAUUUUGGAUAAUGGCAAGACCAAAAGAAUACAUUUCACUUUAUGAAAAAUUAUUGAAGAUUGAUGAAACAGAUUCAAAUGAUCCAAUAAGGGAAAUUCCAACUCUAGUAAAUACUCUCUUUGACGACGUACAUUCAACAUUUAACGUAUCAAAUAUUCUCACUUCAUCAUCAUCAAACCAUCAUCAUCUAGACAAGAAAAAUACUACUUUAACUACUACUACUACUUCCAAUAGUAAUAACAACAAUAAUAGCACCAAUAAACCUACAAAAAUACCACAAUCACCUGCUCAAUCCUUAUCAAUAAAUGAUCAGUUACAUCUUUAUACUCAUCAUCACACAUUUUCAUCUACAAAUUCUACUACAACAUCAGGACGAGAAGCUUCCACAGGAUCUGAAAAUAAACAUAAUAUUUCAUUAGGAAAUUCAAAUAUCACUUCUACAACGAAACCAAUUAAAACACAUCCUUUAUCUCAACCAUCCAUUAAAAUUAAUACAAAAUAUCCAAACCCUGCCAUUGGACAACAUCUGGAACAUUUAUCUAGUGGUGAUAUAUCAAGGUCAGCAUUAUCCUCAUCAUCCUCCAUAUUCCCAAAUCCUUACUCCGAAAGAGGUACCCCAAGUGGUAACGACCCAAUGGAUAGUAGUAACCUUAGCAGGAAAUCAAGCAAGAAUGGUGAAUCGAAAUUUGAAAGAUUGACAAGAACAACUUCGAAAAACUCGACUUAUAGAAAUAGUAAUUCUUUUGCCAAACAAAAUACUAUAAAUGAAACAAGAUUAUCUAUGGAAGACCCAAUGAGAGGUAGCUUUAUAGAUGUUGAAAGUACAACUGAUAGUGCUGAUCUUGAAAAUGAAAUCGAUAACAAGAUUGAGUAUGAUUCUAAAAUUAAUGCUUAUUAUUUGGAAAAUGUAUUGGAAUUAUACUCUACAUUUAAUAAUUCUGAACUGUCAUCAAAUAUGGCUGUUUUGAGAUUUUUGGUUAUUUUAACUUUCUUAGAUACUGAAAGUAUCCCUGAAAUGAAUGGAUUAUCGUUUAGUGGUCUGGUGGAAGUUGAUGAUAUUUCCUCAGAGAAUGAUGAAGAUGAAGAGGAUGAAGAUCAACAAAAAGCAAGAGAAAAAAACACCAAGAUUCUAUUUGCAAAUAGAAGAAGAACAAUGUCAGGUUCAAGCGAAAAGGAAAGAUUACAAAGUAUUAAACAUUUAGCGCAAGGUUUAAAGAAAAUUACAUCACUACCGACUUCUUCAAGAAAGAGCCGUCCAGGAAAAUUCCUAAUUCAAUUAUUAGCCAUUGUAAAUGGAGCCCAACAAGUCUCAAACAUGGUUCUAAUAGAUGCCAUUAGGUGUUUGCUUUCCUUUAUGACUGUUUCAUCAUCCAUAUCGAUAUAUGAUCAUGAAUUACCUUGCAUUAUAUUAACCAAAAGAUUUUAUAACCUAUUAGGAAACAACUUGGAUAUCGGUAAAAAUUGGAAUUCCUCGACAAACAAACAUAUUACACAUUGUAGGAAUAAAUAUCCAAUGAUCUCAAGACGUUUGAAGCUAGAAUUUUUUGCUGCAGCAGUUCAACUGAAUCCUGUUGAAUUUUUAGAACAUUUACAACUAGAAGAUGAGUUGAAACAUUUAAGUUUGAAGAAGUUAUGUAUUUAUACGGAAGGUUUUAGGGUCAGUUUACAUCUAUUGAACAAAGAUGAAUCAAGAAGGAAAAAUGUUAGAGACCUUUCAAAAUUUUUUCAAUCUCUAUUCUCGGUCACAUCAGAUAUCUUACUGAAGGCUUAUCCUUACUUUGACCCAAAGGUAACAAAAAUCAUUUUAUCCGUACUUAAUGGGGGUAUACUGGAUGUAUUUGAAAGUAAAAGGCUCUCCUUACUCAAGUUAGAAAAAGGGGAAAGUACAACAAGAGAAGAAUCUAGAAAAGAGGCUCAUAACAUGCAAACAUCAGAUGAACGUGGGAAUUAUUGGAAUAUUGGUGAACUUCUUCCAAGAAUAAGCGACAAUCCAACUGUCAAUGAAUUUUUAUCAUCCGAAAGUUCCUUGGAUCAUGCAGCUAUUAUACGAACCCAAAAUGGUCUUAAUAUCCCAAGUGAAGAGAGUUUUCAUAUUUUAAUGCCUAAGGCAGAGCAUAUAUCUUCACAUUCCAGAAUAUCUUCAGAAAUUCAAUUUUCUACUCCAAGUGUCGUUUCAGUUGACUCAAAACUUAACACUUCUACUCCUAGAAGAGAUGAGAUGGAAAUUCCAAACACUGCACCAGUUACGGCUACUCCAGAAUUAGAUGCUACUUCUACACCGAACAGAUCCGUAACAAGUACCCAAUUAAAUAUAAGAUCAGAAUCUAAUGGUGAAAAGUCCAUGUUUUCUCCAUUAAUGAAAGCAACAUUAAACCUUCAAAGAUAUCCCAGUAAUAAACCAACCCCAACUUUUGAACCUUCAAAUGGCAAUAAUGAUAUUACAGUAUACAACAAUGAUGCUAGAAAAAUUAUGAUGAAUAUUUUUAGCAUUUUCAAAAGGGUUAGUAAUUACUUUAUUUCCCCUGUAGAUGAAACCUUGGAUGCUAUAUGGGACUCCGGUAAUUUUAGAACUGUGAUCAAACCUAUUUUUGUCGCUAUGUUGGAUGCCAAUAUACUUUUACAAAAUAGUGCAGAAUCGUUUAUGGAUAUAUUAAUUCUUUAUAUCUCUGAUUAUACAGAUUUUACAGACUCUUCGUUAUUUGGAAGACACUUUCUACUCUGUUCGUACACAAUCACCCUAUUUUCCAUAGGUUUAUCUGAUAUGUCACUUUCCAAUAAGAAAAAGAAACUACUCUUAAAUGUGGUUAUUAAAGUUCUAGACGCAAGAGCCUGUUUGGUAAAGACAGCACGAAAGUUAAACCUUCUUGAUCAAGUGGUUUUUAUUGAUGAAACUACUGCCCCGCUUCUUAUUACCUCAUUAGGCUCUGCCCUUAUUAUGUCUAUGUCAUGUAGUGAAGAGAAAAUUCCCAAAUUGCUAAAAAUUGGAUUCAGAGAAUUAGACCAUAUAAUGUCUUUCUAUGAAGAAAAUUUAGGUCCUAUUGAUAAAACAUGCAUAUUUAAUACCAAAUUUAUUAAAGAAACAGCUGCCUCUAACUAUGCUUCUGCAGGUUCGGUUGCAUUCCUAAGAAAAUUAAAAAAUAAUAUUGUCAAAUAUGUGACUCACCCAGAUAUUUUAGUCUUAGAGUCAUUUAAUGGAAUAUAUGACAGAUGGUACUAUUACUCGGUAUCACGAUAUCUUGACCAACAAGAAUUAAGUGAUUUCAGAAGCUUAGCUGGUAUAAUUGCAUCUCUAUCGGGUGUCUUAUUUACUAUAGGUGAUGAUGAAGAUGUAGGUUUCAAGGAAUUUAGUUAUUUAACAGACGUUAAGGAAAUUCUUAUUGAUAAAUUGAGGUAUUUUAUUGGAAAGCAAUGUGAAUGGUUGAAUUAUCCAGAUCUCCUAACUCGCGAAAAUUCGAGAGAUAUUAUUAGUGUUGAACUUCACCCGUUAGCUUACAGUCUUCUUUUCGAUGAUCUUAGUAUGAAAAUUAGUGAUUUAAAAAAUACUCAAUUUGAUGAAAAUACUGAUAAUUUGACUUACAUUCUAUUGGAGCAAAUAAUUAUUAUUAUGAGAACCAUUUUGAAAAGAGAUGACGAAGAUAGAAGGCUUUUACUAUUUUCUAACGGUAUUGUUGAUACAAUUCAAGAUUUGAUCCAUAUAAUAGAAAAAAUGCCUCAUGAAUCUGUAUUGUAUUUCAAAGCUAUUAUCCAAAUCUCAAAAAUGUUUAUAUCUAUCGAAUUUUCAGAAGAUAGCUUAGCAAUCAAAAAUCACUUCCUGUUAAAGAACAAGUGGAUUAACGUUGUAAUUAACUGGUUUAAAUUUACAAUAACGAAGAACUAUGAUCUUCAGAACCUCGCAAAACCUCAUCGCGAAAUGGACCUAGAGAAGCGUGAUUUAGAUUUCUUAUAUAUUGAUACAUCUAUUGAAUCGGCCAAAGCCUUAGCAUAUCUAACCAAAGGUAUACCUCUAAAUACAAAUUAUUCCAAUACUUCUGGUGAAUUUGGUAGGUCUGAAUUAGUUACUUUUGGAAAUUAUUUUACAAUACUAUUGAAAGGUUUAGAAAGAAGUACAAACUCCGAGAGAUUUCCAGUUUCAUUGAAACAUAAAAUAAAUAUACUAAAUGAGAAUAUUAUUGUCUCUUUAACGAACCUUUCGAACUCAAAUGUGGAUGCAAGUUUGAACUAUAGUUUACCUAUGGGAUAUUCGGAUAAUAAAAAUAUUAGAAUAGCCUUCUUGAAGGUUUUUAUUGAGAUCGUAACAAAUUAUCCAUUAUUGAAAAGUAACGACGACACUAAGAAAAUAAUUAUAAUGGACAAAUUAUUACUCCACUUAAUGAAAUAUCCUCGCCUAACAUACAAAGGAAGUAUUGUAUGCGCUUCAAAUGACACUGAUGAAUAUGCGGCAGGUUUGAUAAGAGCUUUUGAGACAAGGAAUGCCUCCCAUAUCGUUAUUGAUGAACUAAUUAUGGAUGAAAUCGCUGAUGCAGGACGAUAUGCCGAUGUCCUAAGAAGAAAUAGUUGUGCUACUCGAGCUCUGUCCAUCUAUGCAAAGUCCAGAGGUGGUGACUAUUUGAUCAAAACAUUAAGGGAGCCAUUACUUGAAUUAGACCAGAAAAUGGGAUGGUUCGAAAUUGAAAAGCUUACAACUGGAUCUGAAAAUAUAAAUACACAGGUAAGCCUUUUCCUGAACUACCUGGUAAUAAUUGUUGACAAAAUAUCAUCUUCCAUUGACUACUUUCCAAAGGAGUUAAUCCACAUUUGUCAAACAAUAUAUAAAUCCGUAAAGGCCAAAUUUCCUAAUUAUUCUUACAUUUCUGUUGGUUCCUUCGUAUUCUUACGAUUCAUUGGUCCAGCGUUAGUUACUCCUGAUUCAGAAGAUAUUUUAACAUACUGUGACUCAAGAAGUCGAAGGUCCUAUAUUACAAUUGCGAAAGUUAUCCAAGCUAUGGCAAACAAUACCGAAGGGUAUUUGAAGUGGCCUGCACUCCACGAUCAUUUAGAUAUUUUAUCGCUGUGCAAAACGAAGAUAGAUGAUUUUUUGACAUCUAUUUGCAACUAUAAUAAACCAAUUGACAUUAAAGUGAGAAUGGACGAUACACCACGAAAGUAUGAUUAUAAUUACUUACAUAGAUUCAUUUAUUUGUAUGACUACGAACUAAGGAAUGAAACAUUACGCGACAUUCAUUCCAUCAGUGAAUUGAAAGUAGCCAAAAGAACGUUUACACUAUUUGACGAUAUAUUAGGAGUAAUGGGACAACCUGAAAUGGAAAUUAAGAAUGAAAUACCUAAAUAUAUUAAAGAGAAUAUAGACCGCUACCCUCAAUUAUAUGAAUUUAUGAAUAGACAUGGUUACAGAGUUUCCCAGGAGGAGCAAAACAAGAGCGUUGAUUAUAUUCACGAAUCCAUGUCAAACGAUGGGUGUCCAAUAAUGACAGUCACAUUUAACUUAUUUGGUUCAGACAUAAAUGAAAUGGAAUUACUUAUUUACAGAGUCAUCCAACUUUAUGCAAGAAUAUGGACCAACAAAUAUUAUUUAGUAUUUGACUGUACCGAAUUUUUUUUGAUACCUACCGAAUUUAAUAAACUGUGCAACAUGUUAUGUUCGUUACUUCCAAAUAUAGCUUUACAAAAUUGUAUUAUGAUGUACUACGUCAAUACAACGGAAGAAUUUAUGGAUGGAUGGAUGCAAGUCCAAGAAAUGGGACAUCCACUUUCUUUUUAUCAAAUCCCACAACAAUUCGUUAAUACAAAUACUGAUGUACACAUUAUUAAAUCAUUACAAUUAUGCAGUAAGAACUGUGAAGUUUACCAAAGUGUACGGGUAUCUUUACAUGAUAUCCAAUUAUACAACGAAAUGUUGCAACAAUAUGUCCCUGUUAAAUUAAAACUUGGUGAUCGAUAUUUCCAAAUACUGUUUGAAAAUCCGAAACUAUAUACCCUCGAAGAUGUGGAUAAAGUAUUUGAAGUGAGAUUUAACAAUGUAUAUGAGAUAACAGACAUUGAAACAGUGCAUGUCACAACACAUACAGACUCCUCCACAGAAUUUACUAUUGAAUUUUAUGAUGGAGAGAGAUUAAUAUUGUCAACGAGCAAAUACUUAGAGAUAGUUAAAAUGUUUUACUAUGCCCAAAGUAAAUUACAGUCCGAAAACUAUAAUCAACUAGACCUUGUGUCUUCCUCAAAUUCUACCAAUACUGCAGAAAAAGAUAAUAGAGAGAUAAAUGAAAUCAUCAGUCAUUUAUGUCUUAUAAUCUUGGUAGGGUUAUUCAACGAGGAUGAUACAGUGAAACAUAUUUCAUACAACCUUAUGGUGGCCACGCAAAAUGCUUUUGGAUUAAAUUUUGGGACCAAAUUUUACGAUUGCUCAGAAAUAUAUGUUCCUGAGGAUACUACCAGCUUUUUAACUAUUGUAACAAAAUCACUAUGCUCUUCAUCUCCAGAAUUAACACCAUUUAUUUGGAAAUAUAUUGUGGACGGAUUAGAGAGUGAUGUUAUCAAACAUGACUCCGUCCCAACUAUAAUAUGUUGUCUUUCAUUAUGGGUUCCUACAAUGUACGACUACGUGUAUCUAAUGGAUGUUGGCGAUGGUCCAGAACAAGUCGCAAAAAUUAUUAGAACGUUGAUUCGAUUAACUGUAAGUGACUCUAACUUUACAACUCUUUAUUUACAACAGAUCUGGUAUAGAUUUGCACUAGAUGGUAGACUUACAAGAAUAAUUGUUGAUGAAAUUGUAAACCAUGCUUUAGAAAGAGAUUCAGAAAAUAAAGACUGGAAGAAGGCUACUGUUCUGCUAACUUGUUUUCCAACAAUUGAGAUAGCUUCCCAAAUAGUCAAAAGAUUUAUACGCAUCAUUAGAUCAUUUUUGCCAUCAUUGAAACUAGAAUCAUCGACAAGAGGCUGGUCUGAAAUCACAAUUUUAGCAAAACUAUCUGUUGCAUUAUUCUUUGAAUCACCAUUACUUUGCCAGAUGUAUCUUUCUGAAAUUUUAUUUAUAAUUUCGUUACUGAUUGAUAUUGGACCUGCGGAUUUACGCUUGUCGUUACAUAAACUUCUGAUGAAUAUCUGCCACUCUCUAACAUUAAACAAAUCCCUGUCUGAUGAACAGAGAAAAAAAAUACAGAAACUAAGCAAUAACUUUUCUCGUCAAAAGAUAACAUUGAUGUCUGGGUCAUCUGGAGAUAAAUCUCUUUCGGUCAUUAAUUUUAGUUCCCCAUCGUUAUCAAGCAAAUUUGGAACAUUAGAGCACUUUGUAGAUAAUAUACUGGAGUUGAUGGAAUGUAACUCACCAACUGAAGCAGCUCAGUGGAAAACCAAGUACAAAAAGUACUUAAUGAACUCUAUAUUUACUCAUCACUCCUUUUUAUCUGCAAGAGCUAUGAUGAUAUUAGGUAUUCUAGGAAAAAAGGACAUUUCUGAAAUUCUAUGCAAAGAUCUACUUGUGGAAUCAAUGAAAGUAUUUGCCACUCCAAUUCUGACUGACGAAACUUUAACGUUAACCGUGGCACAUUCCUUUACUUAUAGCAAGAUUGUAGAGGGAUUAGAACCUUCUCUAGAUCUGGUUAAGCAAUUAUUUUGGUUUUCUACAACUAUAUUAGAAUCCCCAUAUCAAGUCCAAUUUGAAAGUGGAAUGUUUUUUAUGAUUAAUUGUUUAACAAAAUUGUACAAUUGUCACUUUUCUAAUGAUAGUAGUACGAAGAGACUCCCCGAGAUACUUAUGGAUUCGAGAAUAUUUGCAUCAAACUUUCUGGCUGAACUAGAAAGUAUUGCUGGUGUAACGUGGACAAAUAGCAAUUUCCCACAUAUUUUAAUCGGCUUCAUUUUGAGAGGACUAUCUAUCCCAGUAUUAAAAGCUGCUUCCAUGGAUUGUCUCAAAUCCUUAUUUAGAAACUCAUACUUAGAGAUGGAAAAAGAUUCUACUACUAAGACAUUCUUCUGCUACCUUUUCACUAUAUACUUAUUAUUCAGCCCAGAACAGUUUAUGUCUGCUGUAAAUGAUGCCAAUCUAUCGGAUGAUUUGAUUAAACUGGAUGAUAACAAUCAAAUACCAAAACAAUUAGCAGAAUGGUUAACAUCGGAUCAUAUGUGCUCUAACGUUGCAUUAUACCAAGGUGCACUGCUUUUCAGCAGCUCUAUUUCAGAUGACGGUUGUAAAUUAAGAUUUGCGCUUAUCAUGAGAUACCUUCUGAAGGCAAACCCUGUUUGUUUGUUCAGAUUCUACAUAAUUACUAGGGCUGAAUUAAGAAGAAUAUCAGGAUUGGAACAAAAUUAUCAGACAGUUAUUGUGGCGUUUGAUAUCAUCGGAAUGCUUGUGACCUUCGAGGAAUAUACUGAAUUAGAAAGAUAUCACGAUGAAUCUUUAGACGCAUUAGCCCGCAGAGGUUUAACCAUGAUUUCAAAGAUUGAUAUUUUCGAUAGUGUAACAGGUGAUUCUCGUUAUAUGGUCCAUAAUAACUAUGCAAAUGUAAUCUACGAGAGAAAAAGAUUAUUAACCAUGAUACUGGCAAGAAUGACAUGUUAUUUAUAA